AUGUCAUUAAUGAGUUUUCAAUUGUCAUUUUUUAUUUUAUGCUGUGACUUUAACAAUGGCAGAUCCGCGCAUCAGGCAAAUAAAAAUUAAAACCGGCGUCGUUAAGCGCAUCGCUAAGGAAAAAGUUGUAUACGAAAAAGAGGUGGAACAACAGAAAAAUAGGAUACAAAAAAUAAAAGACGAAGGACAGGACGAACACAACAUAAGGAAGCAGGAGGAGGUUCUUCAGGAGUCGCUUAUGAUGGUCCCUGAUUGCCAGCGGCGACUGGCGAAGGCUUUUGCAGAUCUUAAAAACACCCUAGAAAGUGAACAAGACUUAAAGGAAAACGAAGAUUAUAUUGCGGCCGAGCAAGUAUUAAAAGACGCUGAGAGCCAGCUGCCAGAGUCAACAUAAACUCAUUAAUAUUUAAUUUUUAAUAAUAGUUUUAUAUAUUUAAAGUAAUCAUGUCUGAAAACCCCGGCUUUAUUAAUAAUUUUCGAUGCAACUUUACAUUCCAAAAUCGUAUGCCUCCCCGUUAUCCUUUUCCACCCCCUGCCCACAUGCCACCACCUGAAAUAUCA